AUGUUUUUGGAUUCCUUCCUUGACAUAAAUUUCAAUUACUAUACCAUAUUAAUUGUGAAACCCUCCUAUAUCUCUAUUGCAAUGGUUAAGGCAUCUGUAAUCUUAUCUGGCACCGCUGGCGUGUCAGGCAUUGUCCACUUUGAACAGAUCAGUGAAAAUGAUCCAACUUCAAUCUCUUAUGAGAUAAAGGGAAAUUCACCCAAUUCCCUUCGUGGAUUCCAUAUCCAUGAAUUUGGCGAUCUAUCUAAUGGUUGCACUUCAGCUGGAACUCAUUUCAACCCUUUCAAUAAAACCCAUGGCGAUUUGUUGGACAUAAAUAGACAUGUCGGUGAUAUGGGCAAUGUCCAAACAGAUGGUUCAGGUUUGGCAAAAGGUGAUACGGCUGACAAUCAAAUCAAACUAAUUGGCACUAACUCUGUCAUUGGCAGAGCAGUUGUCAUCCAUGCUCAGGAAGAUGACUUGGGUAAAGGCGGUAAUGAAGAGUCCUUGAAGACAGGAAAUGCAGGUGCGAGACUAGCUUGCGGCGUAAUUGGAAUUUCAACUUGA